AAUAAGUUUAUUUUAGAAUAUUAUCUGCUGUUCGGCGCUGCCAGAUAGGCAAACAGUUCAGCGCAGCUUGGCGCAAUUUUUAAAUUCAAAAGUUGUCAAAUGCUCUUGUUAACUGCCAACUUGCCAGAGCAUAAAUUCAAUUUAAUGUAAUUCGUAAACAAUGUGCCUUAUCAGUCAGUCCCUGUGCUUUUGGCUGUCCUAGCAACGCGCGCCAUAGUAACGCUCGUGGAUACCAAUACACACGAAAUUGAGAAAAUUCCUGAACCUUUUGCUCGGGUCGUCAGUUUGUUGUUUACGCUAGCUGACUACAGUUCGAAGACUAACGAAAAAAAUGUCCCAUACACGCAUAACCACCGCCUAUGGAGCGCGGCCGUCGUACGAUUUACAUACAAACUCCAUAUCGCUGAAACAACGUUCCAAGUCCGCAAAUCCACCACAAUUACGGCCAUUUAGCGGUAUUCAGGGUAUGCGACCCCGUUAUGUGCCGCCAUUUUCCAUACAAUCGCAGCAGAAAAACACGGUAGUCAUUAACGGUCCUAUACACGAGCCACCCGUCACGGCAAGCGCGCGCGGUCGGCCACCGAAUCCCAAAUGUCUGAAGAAACAGCAGAAAUCCAUUUCGUCAUGCAAUUUGGGCGCUAGCUUUAACGCCUGCACGGCUAUCAAGAAUCCGGGGCGCGGCACUUUGUUUCGCAUGUAUUUCGAUCGCGGUGAUUUGCCCAUUAAAAUGGAAUAUCUCUGCGGAGGCGAUAAGAUUGGCUGGACGGUGGACAUUGACAAGCUGGACUAUAGCCUCUACUUGCCGCUGUUCUUCGACGGACUGGCCGAGCCGAAGCAUCCGUAUAAGACCUAUGCGCGACAGGGCGUUAGCGACUUGCUGCAAGCGGGCGGCGAUAAAAUCCAUCCUGUGGUACCGCAAUUAAUUUUACCGUUAAAGAACGCAUUGAGCACCCGCAACGUGGAGGUGAUGUGCACGACAUUGAAAAUCAUACAACAGCUGGUCAUGGCCUCCGACAUGGUGGGCCCCGCCUUGGUGCCCUUCUACAGACAACUGUUGCCCAUGUUCAAUGCGUUCAAAGUGAAGAACUUGAACUGCGGCGACGAAAUCGACUAUGCGCAAAAGAACAAUUUGAAUGUGGGCGACUUGAUAGACGAGACGCUGCAGGUGCUGGAGCUGCACGGCGGCGAGGACGCGUUCAUCAAUAUCAAGUACAUGGUGCCGACCUACGAGUCCUGCUACUUGAAUUGAUCAUACAGAUGCCUAUCUAUAUAGCUAAAGAAAAGCAGCUUUUACAUGUUUUAUGCUUCAUAUACACAUAUAUAUAUGUAUAUAUAU